CUUGCCGAGGCUUUGUCCAGAACGGAGUCCUCCCGUGUGCUUCUGCGUUGCUUCUCCCGUGUGCUUCUGCAUUGCUUCUCCCGUGUGACCAUUGCAUCGGAUGGACCCUCACCCUCCUGCUGUUCUCUUGCAGCCCAACCUGCUCACCCACAGCCUGGCCCGGACGCAGUCCUCGUCCUCCCUGCCUGACUACAGCCUGGGCGCCCCCCCGUUGCCCCCCUCCCGGGGGGACCCCUCAGACGUUACCUCAGCGGGGAGACACCGGGGACGCUCUCAGUCUUUCCGCAGCAGCAAAGGCUCUCCGCAACACCACCACCACCACCACCACCACCACCCGUCCUCCCUGCUGCCCCAGAACCACCACCAGCACCAGCAGCAGCAGCAGCAGCAGCAGCAGCACUACCAGCUACCCUACAUGGGGCACACUCACUUCCCCUUCCCCUACCCUGCCCCACCGGGCUCCCCGCAGCCAGAGCUGGGGCUCCAGUACCCCCAGCACACGCACUCACCCCUCACCCGUGUGGCCAGCAACCCCACCUUCCCCACCACGGACUCGCCGUCCUCGGGGUCCCCCAGACAGACCCCCGGGACCAUGACCCCCCCGGGGCCCCAGCAGCAGCAGCAGCAGCAGCAGCAGCACGCCAACAUGUGGCCCGCCCACUCGCAGCCCCUCUUCUCCCUGGCCAACGUCAUCUCCAUGGCGAUGAGCAUGGCGCAGUCCUUCAUCCCCGCGUCGGGCCAGGGCCUGGCGUCCAUGCCGGGGUACCACCCGCAGCUGGCCCAGCACCCCCACCAGCACCCCCACGGGCCCCACAUGGGGGGCCCCUCGGGCUACGCGCCGCAGUUCCCGUCCCCCCCCACGGAGGGCCACUACCCCGGGGAGGGGGACUUGUGCUUCAGCCCCGAGCCCCCGCAGUACCAGGGGGACGGGGGCGGGUUUGGGGGCUGGACCAGCCCCGCCUCGCCCCCGACCAGCUCCUCCAUGCCCUCCACGCCGCCCCGAGGCCCCCAGGAGGGCCGCGGUGGCCCCCGCCCCGACGGCUCUCCCCCCCUGGUCCAGGACGACCUGGGAGGCGGGGGGCGACUCCACAUCCACGAGGACCACCCUUACUCCGCCCCGCUGCCGCCGCCGCCCCCCCAGGCCCAGGCCCAGAGCUCCAGCUCGGGCUCGGAGCCCCGGUCCUCCUCCAGCCUGUCCCCCUCCCCCCCGGAGAGCCCGGAGAGCACGUUAUCGUCCGUCAGCCCCCAGUGUCACCCUCCGAUGCCUCAGAUGACCGCCAGUCCUCCCAGACCCACGGCCCCCUCCACGGACCCUCCCGCUACUGAACGCCGACUCGGGCCGGUGACGGUGGGCCGCUUCCAGGUGACCCCCAGCUCGGAGGCCGUCGCCACGGCUGCAAGACCCUCAGCGGUCCCCCCGGCCAGACCCCCUACAGCCCCCGGGGCCCGACCAACGACGGCCCCUGGGGCCAGAACCCCUACGGUCCCCGGGGCCCGAGCCGCGACGGCUGCAGGGGCCAGACCCGCGGUGGUCCCCGGGGCCAGACCCGCUACGGUCGCCGGGGCCCGAGCCACGGCGAUCCCAGGGGCCCGAGCCACGACGAUCCCAGGGGCCCGAGCCACGGCGAUCCCAGGGGCCCGAGCCACGACGAUCCCAGGGGCCCGAGCCACGACGAUCCCAGGGGCCCGACCGGGAGGCGGCUCCAGCAGCUCCUCGUCCGAGAGCAGCACCGAGGAGCAGGGCGGCUCGGAGACCAGCCUGGGCACCUCCCUCACCAUGUCCCCCCCGCAGCCCUGUCCCGUCAGACCCCCGACCCAGGACGCCCCCCAGGACGGCCGCAACGCCGCCGCAACCGCCGCCGCCGCCGCCCCGGAGCACGGCCAGGCCGCCGCCGCCGACGACGAGGAGGACGACGAAGAGGAGGACGACGAAGAGGAAGGAGGGGGAGGGAGGCCCGCGGAGACGAAGGAGCGUCCGCGGGCGACGCAGGCCGGGAGCGCCAGGAGGCGGAGCCGCAAGCGCACGUGCAGCCUGAGCCUGCUGGGCACGUCGGCGGACAGCGGGCUGUCGGUGACGGCGGCGGACGCCGAGGGCGGCGGCCGGCUGUGGGACGGGGGCUCGGGAAGCCCCCAGUACACCAACGCGCUGCACCACCUGUGGACCAUGACGUACAGCCGCAGCGCGCCCUACGUCAGCAGCGACGACACGGAGAGCAGCGAGAGCGAGAUGCUGGAGGAGCUGCAGGAGCUGCGGGAGAAACACCUGUCGGAGGUUCAGACCCUGCAGGCGGCCCAGAAGAGGGAGAUCGAGGAGCUGUACGCCAAGAUGGGGAAGGUGCCCCCCCCGGGCAUCGUGUCCCCCGCCGCCAUGCUGUCCAACCGCCAGCGCCGGCUGUCAAAGAGCAGUGGCGUGCCCCCCUCGCGGCGGAACAGCCUCCAGCGCGUGGACAUGGGCCCGCUCCAGGGCAUCAUCAGGAGGAACUCCCUGGGCGGCGGCAGCAGCAGCAGCAGCAGCUCACAGGACAAACCAAGCAAAGGGGUGACCUUCUCCACGGACAUCAAUAGAAUGUAAGAACCUUCAGCCCAGCAAGCGUUCACAUCCGGACUACCUCAUCCGAGUAAUGACUGCAGCGGUCAAACGGAUCCUUACGCUCAUUCUCAAUCGGUUCACUGACACCAGAAAUUUAUUCCUGUCAUCUCUGAAGACAGUACAAGCCCUCGAACACAAGGCACUGUCACUGUCAACAGGGAUUCAUCUCCACAAUCUCUACAUCUUAUUGACACAGGAACCAAAGCCCCUAGAUUGGGACCGGUGAAUUCAUUGCAAAGGUGGCUAUCAACUACCUACUAAACUAUUCACGUGGUUAUCUCAAGACUUGGACCAAACCAAAAAACAAAAGGAGAGCUGAUCUCAUGUGAAUUUGCUUUAAACAGAUUGCUGAACCGUGUGUUCAAUUCAACGUUAGUGUUUUGUGAAUAUGGAGGGAUCAAAGCUGCUGUAUUAAGCCAACUCGAUUCAUUUUUUAUUUCUUCUUGUUUCUGUCUCACUGCCGCUGACGUUUGACUGACCUUGGUAAAGGUUUGGGAUAAUGAGAGGCAACGUGCUGCAGUCUAUUUAUGAAACAGUGCUUUCUGAGUGUAGCCUCUGUGGAAGACAAUAUUAUUUGUAUAGUUAAUGCCUUCCUAUUACUGGAAAGAGAUUGUACAUUUCAGCCUAAUUACAUGUUGAUCACAUGUAUUUCGAAAAGCUUUAUCAUACUUUACCUAGUCUAAAAAGGUAUUUGUGGGGAUAUUUUAUCAAGCACAAGGGCUUCAGGAUAUUGAGGCUUAGCUAGGAUUCUGAAAUAUGUACUCGCAGCAGACUUCUGUUGAGUAGUCUUGGAAGGCUAUUGUGAUCUUGUGGGUUCCCAUUAUGUUCCCCUCUGAGGAUUAGGAUGUGAUCUGUUGAGCGCGUCAACACCCAAUGAAGACGCUGACAAUCAGCACUCUGAAAGUGUUUGCUUAACCGUGUGAGUUUCAUCUGUUAUCCUUCUCCUAGAUUAAGAUCAUUGUAUAGCUGUUAGAUAAAAUAGAACAAGUUAAAUGGCAAUAAAAAAAAGUGGACUUUUCUUAAAUAGCAAUGGAACAAAUUGUUUUGUUUUUAUUUUAUUUGGGAUUUGACCGCUGGCCUUCCCUUUGUAAUGUGUAUUUUUGCAUUAUUUAAAAUAUUUUUGCUUAUAGCCUUAUGAGGAAACUAAAGAUCUUUUCAACUAUAUAUUUCUUGCGUAAGCAAAAUCAACGGACUUGUUGCCUGAUAGAUUAAGCACCUUCUGCACUUUAGUCCUUUAUAUUUGCUCUUAUACGUGUACAAAAACGUGUAAAAUAAUAUCGGACAACAAAUGUGUUCUGGUUCGUUUAAUCUUUUUCCUCUUGGGGUGUCUUUUCUUCACAGAGAACUCAAUUAUAUUAUUCCAAAUGGAUGAAACAAAAUGUUGUGUAUACUUCCACUAUAUGAACUGCAAUCCCAAGGUUAAAGUUUGCUAGUAUUUUGUUGUAUAUAGAGAUCUUUAAAAGCUGUGAACCUCUAGCCGUUGCCUUAGUUACAUGAAACACUCCCCUCCCUCCAGAUAUCUGUUUUAAGAUUUCCGUAAUAUAUUCAAAAGAGAACCUUAUGCAUCUCUACAUUUUAAAUGUAAAUAUUGAAUUGUAUUUCUCUUUAAUGCUGCUGUCCUUUCAGGCUGAAUCUGUGCCUUUCUUUUUGCGAUGUCUUAUUUUAUAUCGUAACCCAUGACAUUGGAGGCUGGAUCAAGCUCCAUGAAUUAUAUUUUGAGAAAUUGAAUAAAUGUUAUUGCAAUUAC